UCCAUUUUUUCACCUCCUUGCACUUCCGUGGACCACUCUGAAAGACUUGAUUAUUUUGCUGGGGGUUGAGGGUCUUUCCUAAUAUCUUUCAAUGGAAAUUUGUUGGUGGUUUUGAGUGUUUUGGAGCCAACAAUUUUUUUUUCUUUCAUUUCAAGGAAAAUCAAUUUUUGCACCCCUCAAACAUCAACAAGUAAUGGUUCCAGAGGGGUAAGAAUCUUCAUGAAUGCAGAGGGGUAGUGUCUGAACAUUUUCCGAACUCGAUAAUUGAUUUUUACCCCGGUUUUUGAAUCAUGUGUGCACUGGGCCCCAGGGGAUCAUGAUACGCCCCUGUUCUGCUGCCAAGUCGGCUGCUAACUUCAGCGUCAUCAGGUACUCCAGCUAGUUUUGGUGAUCCACUCGUUCGGAAUCUCGUCCCAGCAAGAACGCUUGUUGAUACUAAAGCCGAUCUGUCGACUCGCAAACAUGAAGAGAAAGAUUCAUUCGAAAGGAAAACGAGGAUCGAAUGCACUCGUCCAAGAUGUCUCCCAACUUGGUAAAAUUCUUGCUGAAUUUUACCCACGGGUUCCUUUUGAACAAUUGGUGGAGUUGCCAGAAGUGAAAGCUUAUAGACUCGGGGAGAGUCGUGAAAGGACAAUUUGGCUAAUGGUCUAUGAGAGAUUAUUCACCUAUACUACCCCAAAACUAAUUGAAGACUACACUAGGAGCUGUCACGAUACUUUUUUCCGCAAACUACAUACAGUGAGACCCGCAUACGAAGAGGCACAAAUAUUUCAGGAUCAUGAUCAGGCCCAUAAUGAUGCUGAGAACAACGACCCGAAUAUCCCGAACGACGACGAAAACGAUGAACAUAUCAAUGUUGACAACAAUGAAGAUAAUGUCGACAAUGAUGAAGAGAAUAUUGUUAACGAUGAAGAUGUCAAUAUUCAUAAUAACCUUCAGAUAGGAAAUGAGCAGAAUGACAACGCCAAUGGCGAUGCUGAUGUCAACGAUCAAAAUAUCGAGAUCAAUAAGGGAAACACCGAGGAUGUUAUUGUUGCAAGCAAAACUCCUGAACCAUCCCAGGAAUCUAAGAUUUUGGAAGUACCAACAGACGGUCCACCAUUUUCAGACUCUCAACGUCCAUUGAUAUUUGAGCAGAUUCGAUCCGAUGCUCUCCAGCCGGGAACUAAUGAUAAGAACGACUUUCCCAUAUAUAUAGAUACUGGCGAUUGCCAAAUACCCUCAACUUCCACAAAACUCGACGAAUUUCAGGAGCCCAAGGUUGGUGAAAUAACUAAGCUGAAUUGCCCUAUCAUUGUUGGAGCUCAGACCGGAGAUGAGAGCGACUGCCUUAAAGAUAGGGUUGAUAAAAACCCUCCAGCAACAUCACUGCCCAAUAUUGCAAAUAAACCAGAAGAGUUUAAUCAGCAACAGCCAACUGAAGCACCGACAGAGCAUCUUCCAGUGAACAACAAUCCUUCUAAUCGCAACUAUGAUGUGUUCACAAAUGAUGCUGGAGUACGUUUUUGUCAUCCUCAUCUUUCGUAUCCUACUGAAUUUCCUUGUAACACAAAAAACAUAGCUAAUAUUACCUUAACUGGCUCACACCUCGAAUCCUUGAUGCCUCACAAGCCUAUCGUUCCACAGAUAGUAGAUACUUUUUAUUCUGCACUCGAAGUAGUGGCUAGAAGAAACGAUCUCCAGGUACGCAGUUUUCCGUCAGAAAUCACCAAAUGUUUGGAGAACAAUAUUCAGACAGAAGAAUUCAUCAAUUGGCAUCAGGGUAUGACAGUCAACGAUUGUGACGGUUGGCUAUUGCCUUUUCGACAUAAUAAUGGGCGAUGGACCUUACUCGUCCUGUUUUUCAAGCAAUCCUUGAUAGUCUAUUUCAAUUCUAAUGAUGGAUCCCUUCCGGCAAACUUAAUCGUCAAUGUUUGCAAUUAUUUCCGCAGUUUUCGAGAGGCAAGAAAGGCAUUUGAGAUGUGGACGAAAUGGCGAUUGCACACCUCCUGCGUUUCCGAAGAUCAAAUAGCAGAGAUUGGUGUCGAUGAGCACGACUCGGGUGUGGAAAUGUGCUUAUGGGGGUAUAAAAUAGUACGCCACUCAAAUACGAAGAUUGAUAGAAAAGUAUUAGCCAUAACCAGGAAAGGGAUAGCUCGAUUCCUACUUGAAUUACCUGAAUGUUUUUGUGAUGUGACUCAACUCCGUAACCCGAAACGUUGUAAGACAUUGUGUUCAUUAGGUGCUGCGGCAAACAAACACGUAAUGAACAUGAUGAUACAGAGACAAAACUUUCCCCCACUGAAUUGCGAGUCGAUGGACGAAUUUUGUAGUGUGAUAUCACCGGUGGUAACAAUGCAAAGAGAACCAUGAAACAAAGGCAAAAGACAAUCACUACUUUUGUAUUUAUGUCAAGAGUCAAUCGUUAUAAUGCAUAAAACUGAUUUAAUGAGAGAUAGGGUACUAGUCAUCACUGGUCAAUGUGAUAACGAAAAGAUUUGUUAAAAACAAUAAAUCUAAGUAGAAAGUUUAUCCAUUUUGAAUAGUUGAGUACAGAAUUAUAAUGGAAUAAUAGAUAUGUGAUAAAUGGAUAUUUUCUAGAAAUAUUUCAUAGACUUAGCAUAUUUGAAUCUGUUUGUUUCGUUACUGAAGAGUGAAGCGGGGAAAAAGUGUAAUGAAGUGGGUGUGAUAGAAAAAUAGGGUUGCAAUGCGUUACUAUCCCCUCGAAGUUUAUAGACUUUGUUUAUACAUUCAGAUAUUUUGAAGCAUAACAGUAAUAUGAGUUUCUAUAUUUGAGUAAAAGUUACGAAGACAGGAGAGGUGAUCAGUCGAGCUGGUCUUCGAGAUUGACGCUUCAUUGUACUCAAAGUUAUAGACAUUGAACCUACUGUAGUUUAGUUGAUUUAUGUACGAAGAGUAUUGAACUUGCAUAAAGUCAAAUACUCAAUAAAUCGAAUGAAUAAAAAUAUGUGUAUUGUCA